AUGCCGGUAUCCGUAGACGCCACGCCCCCGGUCCCGAUCCCGGCCCCGAUCCCGGCCCCGGCCCCGGCACCCACCGAAUCCUCGCUCCUCCUCGCCGCCCGGCAUCAGCAGCACCACCAUGCCUCCGCACCCUCCUCAUGCCCCGAGCACGGCCGUCAUCUCCAUGGCUCGGCUCAGGGCGGCGUGCCCCGCGACGGCGAUCCCCGCGACGGCGAUUCACCUCCCAUGGCCCGAAAGAUGCAUCUCUUCAUUCCCGCCACCGGAAUUGGUAUCUAUCUCGUCGCCAUCGACCAGCUCUUGACCGUGGCCACAUACGCCAAGAUAGGCAGCGAGCUCAAUGCCCUCAACAGCAUGAGCUGGAUCGCCACCUCGUUCUUCCUCACCCUCACCAGCUUCCAGCCUCUCUAUGGCAAGCUCAGUGACAUCUUUGGCCGCAAGGAAUGCCUCCUCUUUGCUUAUGCCGUCUUUGGCCUCGGCUGCCUCGGUUGUGGUCUGGCCCGGGACAUUGUCCAGUUGUGCAUCUCUCGCGCCGUCGCCGGCAUCGGCGGAGGCGGCAUCAACGCCGUCGUCUCCAUCCUGCUGUCGGACCUUGUGCCCCUGAGGGAGCGGGGCGUGUGGCAGGGCUACUUGAACAUCCUCUACGCCGCCGGGUCCUCGACCGGUGCGCCCCUGGGAGGCAUUCUCGCCGACUCCAUCGGCUGGCGAUGGUCCUUCCUCGCCCAGGUGCCCCUGUGUUGCAUGGGCUGGAUCGCCGUCUACUUCCUCCUCGAUGUCCCUCGCCCUGCACAAUCGCACUGGCUGUCCAAGGUGCGCCAAAUCGACUUCCUGGGCGCCUUCGUUCUCGUCGCCGCCGUCGUCGCCCUCCUUGCAGGCCUCGACUCUGGCCCCAACCUUGGCUGGUCCCAUCGCGCCACCGUCAUCUCCCUUUCCGCGGCGCCCGUCUUGUUCGGCCUGUUCGUCCUCGUCCAAGUAAAGGUUGCCACGCACCCCUUUGCUCCAAGCCAUGUCAUCUUCGGCCGCGGACUCUUUGCCUGCUACUUCGCCAAUUUCUUCGGCGCCGCAGGCAACUUUGCCGUGCUCUUCUUCUUGCCCCUGUCCAUGCAGGCCGGCGAGGGCUUCAGUGCUGCUGCCAGCGGCGCCCUGCUGGUGCCGGCCAUGAUCGCCGGCGUCUUGGCCUCCGUCGGUGGCGGCUGGGUCAUCAAGAGGACGGGCAAGUUCUAUGCCGUCUCGGUCCUCAGCUACGGCGUGCAAGCCUUCAGCAUACUCCCCCUCGCCUUGUCAGUGUGGUUCAAGGCCACGGCUGCCGAGGUUGUUGCUCUCAUGCUCACGGCUUCCGGGAGCGGUUCCGGCCUCACGACCACGCUCAUCGGCCUCCUCGCCAACGCCGCCACCCAAGACACCGCCGUCGUCGUCGCCUGCUCCUACCUCUUUAGAUCCCUUGGUUCCAGCGUCGGCAUUUCCGUUAGCUCUGCCGUCCUCCAGCAGGUGCUGCGAGCAGAACUCGCCACUCGUCUCCCCAACAGCGACGACGCCCGUCAGGUGGAAGGCAGAGUCCGCCAAAAUAUCGACUACAUCAAGAAGCUGCCGCCGCCCAUCGCCAACAUUGUUCGGAAAAGCUACCGCUUGGCUACGGCAGGGGCGCUCGUGCCAGCGCUGGCGUUUUCGGUCGUCGCCUUCUUGGCUACUUUUUGGGUAAGGACGAGGUCCUUGAAGUAUUGA